GCCACAUCUCUUUCAGCUGGCGGGGCGCGAUCGUGGCACAGUAGAUUUUCCAAAUGCUAAUGCCGUCAGCGACUAGGUUGAAGCACUGCCGCAAUUCAAGAUCGCUUUGAAUAUAAAGAAUCGGAUUGCCUGGUGACGCGGAUACCUAAAAUCCGUGCUCAACCUGGGGGGCACGUAUCCCGAGAGAUAUAUCACCAAGGCCAUGCAGAAACGAAGAUCCCACAAGAAAUCACGCAACGGAUGCCAGAACUGUAAGAAAUGGCAUACUAAGUGCGAUGAGCAAGGCCCACCUUGCAAUAACUGCACAUUACGGAAGGCAAAAUGUGUCUACAAUCACCCCAAAGCUGAGGCUCUCAGUAACAAUAACUCUCUUACAAUUCGUCCUCGAAAUAGAGACACGACAAUAAGCCCGAUUUCCGUUGAGCGCCCGCGGGGGGAUGUAGGCGCGAUAUGCGCGGCCUAUGGUGGGCCAUCCAGAUUGCUAGAGUUGGAAUUGAUGCAUCAAUGGUCGACAGUUACCUACAAGGCUUUCUGUGGCAUACCCGAGGACGUCCCUUACCUACAGGGCCUGCUGCCGCGGACCGCUCUUGAAUACGAUUUCAUGCUGAAUUGCAUCAUGGCCAUUUCGUCUCUGCAUAUAGCCCAUACUGCUGGGGAGACAAACUCCGCGAAAUACGUCAACGCAGGACUAGAGUACUACAACAGAGGUAGCAGCUCAUUUCGAACGUAUUUGGGAAAAAUGAACGCCGAGAAUGCUCACGUCUUAUACAUGUUCUCUGCCAUAGCGACAGCCGUCCACCUAUCCAUACCCAAGUGUGCCAGCACACUCGAUCUUCUGGUAGUCGCCCUUGACUUGGUCAAUGGCAGUACUAGUAUCGGAAUGAUGGCAAUGCCGUGGCUUCUUAAUAGCGCUCUUCCGCUGCGCCUUUUCAUAUCGCGCAUGGGUGCAUCCAAAGAUUUGAUAGACGUCGAUAGUAGAGCUGCUUUGGCCAGACUACGCGCCAUCAACGAUUUACGACACGGCGCUACGGUGGAACCAGUUAGUGAUGGAGGAGAGACAGACGGGGUUAUCGAGAUACGCGACCACGAAUUGUAUGAAAUGGCCAUCAACGGUCUAGAAACUUGCUACGCAGAGGAAGCCAGGGGCCUCUUAAGGGGAUUCUGUACUGCCUUUCCCGGGCUAGCGGGUAAGCCGUUCACCUCACUCAUCAGCAAGUCCGAUCCAUUUGCCCUGCUCAUUGUCCUGCACUGGGCUGUACUUCUGGGUGGUUUGGAUCAGACUAUUUGGUGGGGGGCUCGGAUCGCAGAGAAACUCGCGUUGGAGGUCUCAGACCUGUUAAAGAUGUCCCACCCCGAUCUCUCAUUAGAAUGGGCCGAUGCUAUGGUAUGGGUGCAUGAUAGAAUGGGUUUAUCAUGGUCUCAGGUCCGAGAAUUAUCAUAUAGCUCAGGGCUCUCAAGCGACAGUUGGGAAGAGCCUACCUUGACACAAGAAAGCGAAUCUUUUCUCAUUUAAUUAACGAUAAUAUCAUGAAAAAUUACCCAGCUCAUACCUACCACCUGCCCAACAUGAAACCCCCAGAUUUCGCGAGAGUAUAUCCCUUCCCAAUGGUUAAUAAAUAUGGAUAAAGGCAUUUUUUACGGGCAAACUCACCUUAUUUUACAUGAAAUAGAUAUUCUCUAUGAUACCUUAGCUCAAAUCAAACAAGAUAACGACAUUUCGGAUCAUUAAGACAUGAGCCUUAGCACAC